AAGAAAAGGAUGAUAGCAAUAAUUUUAAAUCAGAAGAAAUCAGCAAAAAGGAGGAGAAAACUGACAUCAAUCCUUUACCAAAUGGUGAAAUCCAUCAUGGCGAUGAUAAAGUUGAAGGUGUGAACGAUAGCGAAGUCUCCGUUUCUUCCACGGAAGUUAAAGAUAAGGAUGUUAAUGAUACAGUUAUCAUGAAUGAAGAAUCAAUGGUUGAAGAGAAGAGUGUAAAAGAUGUUGUUGAUGGUGUCAGUGAUGCUGUGAACGAUGACACAAAACAAGAUUUAGUCGAAACAACAGUUGACACUAAUGUCUCGGAGUCUGUUGAUAAAGAACAGCAUUUAAAUGACUCAGACGCGUUGAACAAUGCUGCUGUAGAUGACUUGCCUUCUAAGACUUUUUCAAAUGACAAUACAAAAGACAAUAUAGGUGAAGAAAGUGAAGAAUCAGUGAAGAUUGCCAAAGAAAAACAUCUCGAUGGAAGUUCAAAUGUUAAUGACGAGUCCGUUAAUGGCGAUUCCCCAUGUGUGACCCAGGUACAAGAUGUUAGUGAUCCAUCUGAAACCAAAGUAAUCCCACCAAAUAGCGUUGAUGUUGAUUCAGAAGCAAAGACAAAUAACUCGACAACUGGCGAAGUUUCAGAGCCCAAGGAGGAUGAUGGGAAUGAAACUGCACGAAGUUCCGUCUCCGAGUCUCAGUCUGAUAUGCCCAGCGAGACGUCAAGUGAAGGCAAGCCACCUCAACAAAUAUUUUCUCAUAUCACCCAGAAGGAUGCAUUCUUAGUGUUUAGGUCCUUGUGUAAACUAUCAAUGAAACCGCUUGCGGAAGGACCGUUGGAUCCCAAAUCGCAUGAGCUCAGAUCUAAAAUUCUCUCACUGGAGUUGCUGUUAACUUGUCUACAAAGUGCCGGACCUGUUUUCCGUACUCAUCCAAUGUUUAUCAACGCUAUAAAACAAUAUUUAUGCGUCGCAUUAUCAAAGAAUGGCGUCUCAUCUGUUCCUGCUGUGUUUGAACUAUCGUUGGCAAUCUUAAAUUAUAAAAUAAACACAAUGAAACGCGUGCGUUGAUUGUUCUAGAGCUGAGUUUGCAUUAGCCAGUGCAA